GAAUAUAGUAAGUUACCAUACGACGGGCGAACGGACGGACGCACGGUCGGACGGACGGACGGACGGACUGACUCCAAGAACAAGGCAUUCCACUUUGUCUUUCUCUCUCUCGAUCCCCAACCCAACCCAACGCAUCCUCUCCCUCAAACCUACCAUCUUCUUUUUUAUUACUCUCCCUUCCAAGAAAUCGUGAAAACCUAAAGUCUCAACUCUCUGCGCGUCGACGAUCAUGGUGAUGCCCAACCCCUAAUUGCAGGACCAUGUUGGCGAGGUGGGCCAAUCAUCUCCUUCUCUUGAACCCCAAUUCAUCAUUUAUCCAUGGAACACAACCGAAUUGCCAAGAACAAGGCUGCUGCAGCGGCAGAGGACCAAUACAGACAGGCGGACUCUGUGAAGGUCGUGCAGUGGGAAGAUUUCGAGCAAGAACUCGCCCGCCUGGUCAGUCUCUCCUCUGCCCUCUCCGAAGCUAAGCAAAAGAAGCUAUUGCUUCAGCAGAAGCUCGAUUCCCUUAUACAGGUUGAAGCAGAGUCCUUAAACCAGUCAAAUCAGCUGGAUGAGAUGUGUGAGAAACUAGAGUCCCAAAAGUUGGUAAUGGGAAACACGUCGAUGCAUGUGAAGGUUGUAGAAGAGAAUGUUAAAAAGGAAGAGGAGAGGCUUAGCAAUGAAAUUAGGUCACUUCUUGUUGCUGGGACUGCCCUUUCUCUAGCUAGUAAGCAUUUGCAGGAACCGAUUAUAACUUCAUUGCAGGAAUCAAAUAGGCUACUUACUGGAGAGAAGGGUUAUCUUCAUCUUAGAAAUGUCCAGAGGUUACUCAGAGUAAGGCAACAAUAUAUGAUAUCACAAGUUUCAUUCCUCUAUCCUGUGAAGGUUAUGGUUGGCCAUGCACGUGACCAAGAACUUGAAUCAUUUACGAGCAAUAGAAAAUCAGGAAAUUCUGCUGGAUCCAAACCUGUUGACCCGGAAUCAUUGACUAUUUCAGGUCUUCAUCUCACUGUGCUCCCAUUUAAGACGAGUUUUUUCACCGAUAAGAAGGAUAUUCAGAGAUCUGCAACAGCCCUGGGAUAUGUUGCUCAUGCUGUUUCAGUUAUUGCUACCUAUUUAGAAGUUCCAUUGCGUUACCCUCUGCGGUUGGGAGGUUCUCGGUCGUAUAUUAUUGAUUAUGCACCUUCAUUGGAGUCCUCUUCAUCUGAUUCAACAUCAAAUUCAUUGCUUUCAUCAAAUUUAAAGCCUACAGAAUUUCCUCUCUUUUUAGAUGGUCAAGAGACAACAAGAGCGGCUUAUGCUGUAUUUUUGCUUAACAAGGAUAUAGAGCAGCUCUUGAAUUUCAUUGGCGUCAAGAGUUUAGGCCCACGCCAUGUACUGGCUAAUUUGAAAGAGCUUCUAAGGACCAUCCUUUCUGCCGAAUACAUAGAUACGUGAUCUGAAUUUCUAUUACUUUUGUUUGUAAGCUUUUGUAAAUGUAUUGUUGCUAUUAUUUGUAUUUCUUGCAGGGUGCAAUUUUUUUCAAUGGAGCACCUUGCCAUACACCUUUAUGAGCUGUUGUUUUGUCAUAGAGCAAUGCAAAUUAUAUACUUUAUUUUGAAUUGAAUCCGAUAAUUCUCUUCUCUUUUGGAGUUGGCGGUGUAGUUAGUGUCAUGCUUCUGUUAAUUUCAUGGAAAAGAUGAAGCAUGAUAAAGUAACCUAGUCUGGUACAUCAGAGGAUAUAUAUAUUAUACAGACGAAGAGCAGCCUAAUCAUCUAUCUAUGCUUGUGUUAUAUUUGUUUUUGCAGAGAUGUUGUUUGAACACUCAAAUUUGAUAUUUAUGGUGAUACUCUGCAUCAAUAUUCAA